GAUUUCGACUCGUGCGGGCGAACCGACUGCCCGACCAGCGCUGCUCACCGCUGCCCCAGUCCGCCGACUCCGAGGACGCGCGGAGCUGCCGUUACCACGGGGGAUGCUCAUUGCCCAGUGCCACCACCGGUGACGCUCCUCCGCAUCUCUAGGGAAACCGACCGCGGCCAGUGCGACGUAGGGCGCGCAUGUGAGAAGACAGUGUGUGCUGCACCUGCGCUGCCGACAGCUUAUCUCGAGGGAGGAAUAAACGACUAAGAGGCAGUCGCCAUGAAGCGGACUGCCGUCUUGGUUCUGGUCCUGCUAGCAGCGGCCGCGCAUGCACAGAGAUCGUCAUCGAGGACGUCAGAUGACUCGCCGAGGUCUUCGCGGGGCAGCCGCAAGUUCGACAGCACGAGCGCGCGCGAGGAGCUGGGCGUGUCGGCCGCAGACUGGGAGGCGGCCGUGACGCCGUCUCUGGGGGCGGCGCGAUCCGCCGGCCCCCGCAGGGGGCCCUCCGCCUCCAGGGGGCAGUCACAGCAACAGUCCCAGCAGCAGACCGCCUCCAGGAGGAGGCCGGCCGCCCCAGUCGCGCGCCCCAAGAUCGACCUGCAGUCGCUGGAGGUAGAGCAGGUGGCGGCGUCUUCGGUGAUCGCUCCGGUGACGCAACAGUUCGUCUCGCGGCGCCCCUCUGCAGAGAAGGGCCGCUCGGCGCCGGCGCCGGCCGUGGCGGCGCGCCGCAGGGACGUGGAGACGCCGGGCGCCGCCCCCGAGUCAGCGGCACCCACACGGCGCCGCCCGCAGCCCAGCAGCGACGCAGACCUGGCGGCCGUCGCGUUCGAGCCCACCUCGUACACCCGGCGCCGCCCCUCUCCGUCCGCCUCCAGCAGCGAGCUGUCCGGCGGCACCUACGAGGGCUCGUCUUCCAGCCGCAGGCGGCCCGCGGCCGCGCCGCCCACCGCCGCCCCCGCACCUGUCGCCGAGCCUCCCGCGCCUCCGCCGGAGCCGUCCACUACGACGACCACCACCACCACUACCACUACUACUACACCGGCGCCCGCUCCGGAGACACCUUCCACUCAAGAAAGGGUGGUACCUCCGAGAUUCGACACCGGCCGCAGACGCAGCGGCGGCGGCAGCGCGGCUGAGCCAGAGGCGACGUUCGGCCCCAGACAGCGAGGCAGCGGCGCCAGCAGCAGUCGCAGGUCCGGGGGCGGCAGCUCUCGCCGCGGGGGCGUGUCCUUCCAGGAAAGCGAGGCUGCCGCCACCCUCAGCCGUGACCGCGCCCGCGGCAGCCGCCGGGAGCAACUCGUCACUACGCCCAGGUCGACCGCUGCGCGAGGGCGUGGCUCGUCAAGGACCACAGGCAGCUCGACCACCUCAACAACAACGACCACGACGACCACCACGACCACGGAGGCCCCCCUGCUCAGCAACCCGGACACGGAGGUCGCGCCCGAAUUCAAUGGUGGCGACGAAGACAGCAACGCUGUGCAACAGACGGACGCGGCGACGGCGGAGAGCGCCGCGCAGGAGCUGCCGCCAGUUCCGGCAGCCACCGAAGCGCCGCAGGCGGCGGGGAACCCCCGGGCCGAGACGUCUCGCCGCAAGUCCGCAGACGAGGGCGGCGCCACUAGGCAGGCGCCGGCACCGCGGCGGGGCUCCGUCAGGUCGCGGGGCGGGUCCAGCGCCGGCGACGAAGGCAGGGGCGCCACAGCUGCCGUGAACACCCGGCGGUCUGGCUCUCGUGGCAGCAGCAGCAGCAGCACCAGGGGCGGCGCUGCUCAGCCCGCAGUCGCAGCGGCGCCGUCCGCCCCUGCAGAGGACGUGCUGCCCACGGGGGCGGGAGCACCCGCAGCCUUCGCCAGGACGGGCUCACGUCGGCCUUCCCCCAGAAGCCGGCCCACAGCAGUUGACUUAACUACUGCUGACACAUCACAAAAUGACGUGCAACCUCGCUCAUCCACGAGAGGCCGUAACCAUGCAGACAGUGUCCCUAGCAGCAGCAGCAGCAACAGCAGGAGGUCAAAUCGCAGAGGCUCUGCCACAUCAGAUGUGGAUGCUAGUGGGAACUCUGCAGCAGGUGCCUCUGUGCAGAGAACGAGCCGCAAGAUCAAUGCCGAAACGAAUGCACGACCCAGCUUUAAGAACACAAGAAGAGGCACUUCCAGUAAAAAAUUAACAUCUGAAACUACUUCAGUAAAAGAUGAAAUUGAUGAGUCUGAGAACUAUCCUCCUGAGUUCAUACACAAGAUAAAGUCUUCCGUUGAUACAAAGGAUGAGAAAACCACACAGCCAUCACUGUUGUCUAGUUCUCCUGAGGACACAUUCAUUACUAAAAGUUCGGAUAAAGUGGUUUCUGUUUUUACACCCUCCUUAUCUGAGGAUGAGAUAAAUGCUGAUGAAGAUAAAGAAAAUCAGAACAAUGAAGUUCAUCUGAAUAAACUGGAGACAAGGAGGCAAUCAAAUAAGUAUACUGGUAGGGCAAGAUCUUAUAAAACAGGGUCAGAUGAAACAGGAAAGCAACGCAAAGUAGAUCUUCUGUUGGCACCCUCGCCACCAUCUGAGAGGGAAGUGACAAAGCCAACAGUCCGUUCCUCAUCUCGAAGCCCACAUAAAUCUUCCAAUGGCUACUCCUUGCGAGGCAGUAGACCACUUGACAGCAAGAAAGACACUGCUACUGAAGAGAUAAACAAGGUUGAGACUCCUUCUCCACCAACACCUGACACUCUCCAGCUGGACGCUCCUAUUACUUCCCCUACACAGAGCACCAGAGCAGCAUUUCGUAGCAAGUCAAACUUCAGAAGUCAUCACAUUUCAAAGCCAGAGGCAGAAAACAUUGUAACUGCUCCAGGUGUUACUGAAACUCAGGAUUCAUCUCCUCGGCCAUCAUUCAGAAGAGCAUUUCCUACAAGAUCAAGAUCAGCAGCUUAUAAAAGCCAUUCAUCAAGAAAUGAACAGGUCACUGCUUCAACAGAAGAUAACAUUAUUUCAAGCAGGAGCUACACACCAAGAUCUACAUCUAGCAAAACAAGAACUACCUCAAGUUUUCGCAGAAGUAUUGCAGCUACCACAGACGACAUUCAAAAUGAGAUCCAAACUUCUGCCCAACCGCCUGCUACCCCACGGUCAUUAGUUGGAACACAGAGAUUCAGUGCCCGUUUCCGUAGUGAUCUGCUAUUAGCCACAGGAGGGUUAAGAUCUACUACUACUACUCCAGCUUAUAUACCUACUGUGCCUCUCAUCAGGGCAGCAAGCACAACAACCACAGAAACAUCAGCAGAAAGUCCAUCUGAAGGUUUGACAUUGGACGAGAGUAGUUUGACAAUGACUGAAGACAAUUUACUUGAUGACUCCUUCCAGGACAAAGUAACAGUGGAUAAUGAUGUUAGUUUUCUCUUGGACAACUCUACAGAAAUUAAUUACAUAGACGAGGAAACAGUGAAAUCUCAUUCUACAAGUAGUAGUUCAGUUCCACCUACAACAGUGAGCAGUUUAUCCCCUGCAUCUGAUAAAAAUGAUAUAAAUGCCCAGGAGACAACGAUGACAUCAACGACAUCAGCAAUUACUGACUCUGUUUUCACUACUUUUAACCCCGGGACCAGUAUACCAAACAGCCCCUUGGUACAAACCACAACCAGCAUUAUCUCAUCCCCCUCUCAGUCAUAUGGAAAAGAAAGCAGUGAAGUGCCUGUCAUGACUGAAACGGUAUCAGAGGUACCAGAGAUGCAAAGUACCACAUUUGGCAGCACAUCUACAACUACUCGACUUUCUCCCAGCACUCGGAAGAGAAGAUUGCCUUUGCGAAAGGAUUUUGCUAUUGCACUCUUAAAAAUAGUUUCCCGUGUGAAUCGCCCUACUGUACCAUUCUAUGUUACAACUGUCACUUCCAAUUUAAAUGAAGAUUCUACAGUACCAUACUCACUACCUGUUACUUCAGCGGCUGAAAUGAUUUCAGAGCUCUCUCAACAAGACAUCACUACCUUCUCUCCAUAUGUCACAUUAUUGGCAAAAAAGAUUACAACAAGAGCUGUAACAUAUUCUCCGAAGGUUGUUUCUUCUGCCACUGUGGGAACCACACCACAUAGUUCCACUGCUAAACUAAAAGCCACUUCCAUUAAUUCGGUGACAGAGAAAAUGCCAGAAGUUUUCACUACAUCUGACUUGUUUAAAUCCACAUCUACAUUUGCACCACUGUCUUCACCAUUACUUAGCCCUUCUUCUGAUGCAAUAAAUUCUACCACAGAAACUCCAACUGCAACUGUAGCAGUUCCCAUUACUGAAACUACUUUAUCAGAAACUGUCACUGUUGUUUCCAGUACAGAAACUCUCACAUCAACAGUUUCUGAAAUAAAGCCUCCUACAAGCACAGAAGCUGUAAACAAUCUUGCUGCAAAUAAAUCUGUAGCUGUCUUUACAGAAAAUAUUACUGAUGAAAUACAGACCAGUUAUUCCAAUAAAAUUGUACAUACCAGCAACUCAUCUUCUCAGGAAGCAAUGAAAAUUAGGAAUUCUAAAAUCAGAUUUGUUUCUGUUGACAGACCACCUCUGGAAAGUGACAAUCUUGUUACUGAAUCGUCACCUGACUUAAGUUCUUCAGUAAAAGAGUCUGUAGUUACGGAGCAAUCAACAACAACUUACUCAAAUACUGAAAAAAUUUCAGCAUCUUCUACUGUACAAAUUCCUGCCUCUUCUAGUACAAGUGGCAGUGAGUUUGCUUCUGUAGAGAUGCUGAAAAUGAUAAAUACAUCAACAAUGGCUGUUUCAGUUGACAGAGCUCUUCCAAACAAUGAUACCCUUGAUCCAAAUCAACCAAUCAGUCUCAUACCUUCUGCUUCAUCUAACACAUCCAGCACUUCCUUGCCAGUGACAGAAGCAUCAAAGCUCGUUGUAGACUCUGUGAAACAAUCUGUACAAUCUUCUACAGAGACUGACUCCUUAAUUAGAACACGCUUCCCAGUGAGAAUUACUAUUGCACCAAGAGGCACUGCUAGUACCACUACUAUACCUCCACUUGUAAAAGGAAAAAGCAGUAGUGAUCCAGUUGCCCAAAGGAGGAUGGUGGAUAAUGUUAAUGACGAGACUCAGUAUUUAGCCACUACAUCUCAUUAUCAAACUACAACUACAGUCCGCACUCCUCUUCCCUUUGUUAUCUUUGGAAUAUUCCCUAAUAACACUGUGUUCCGCAAAUACCCUCAUUCUGGAAAGACAGAACAAGUCAGUGAAAAUGAGAUUGCUAGACAUCAAGAGUAUUAUCCUGAAGAGCAGACAUCACAGACCAGUUAUACUACCUCAGUAACUGGUGACCCAAUAGGAAAUGAAAUAUUAUACAGGAAUGCAAUGAGAAAUUCAGUUCAAACAAGUCUGCCUCGUGCUACAGUGAAUACAAGGCUGCCUGCAGGAAGAAAUCCAUCAGAGAAUGAAGUAGCAUGGGCUCUUGGCACCAGAACAAGCAUCCCUAUUCCACCAGCACAAAGUGAAAUAGACAGCGGGCAGCAGAUUGAAAUGAUCAGUGAUUCCAAAAAGUUCAUCACAGGGUCUGAGUCAAUAGUAGUGAGUGCUUCUGACAGAUCAGUGAUUCCUACUGUUACUCAACGUAUACAGCCUCAAGCGACAUUUGCUCUUCCAUCUGAGGUAUCAAAUUCUGUCUAUAAUGUUCAGGGCUCCAAAUACAGCAACUAUUGGUCCAGCUCCACGAGUGAGAAGCCCAAGUUCCACUACAUUACCAGCAACUCUCUUUUUUCUGAAAUUUCAACACCAACAUCUAUCCCCCUGUUCAUUGUUACACCUGAACCAGCAACUUCCAGCACGACAAAGAUAGUAUAUAAAUGGAAACCAGUUACUGAUAAGCAAAAUCUUGUUGAAAAGACCACCGACAAUGGCAUAUCCUCAACAAAAACUGAAAAACUGAAUAUUGAUACACAGUUGCCCAUACAAACAAAUGCUCAGACAGUCCCUUCAUCAACUGUGAGCAGUACUGAAGCAACAUUACCAUUGUCAUCAUCAACCAUGACUAUGUCCCAGAUCACAGAUAACAUAUUGCGUGGAGUACCUAAACUUGAGACUGCUGCUACAAUUCUACCUGGCAUCAGUAACCCACAAGAGAUGACAACCCCAGUGAUCAGUGCAAGUGAAUCAACAAGCAAACUAUCCACAGUUGAAAGGAUUGAUAGCACACUUUUAUCAUCAGUGCCAAUGAUGAAAGAAAGAGUAGCUACUAGUGCUAGAGUAACCACAGAAAGAUUCUUGUCACAACCAGCAACAUCACCAUCACCCCCGCUGAGUAUUAGAGGCUUGAUUUCGAGGGUUCUGGGAAAUAUUACACCAAACUUGUCAACAGCUUCAACUAUUGGAAAGUCUACUGCAUCUCCAGUAAUGACAGUGACAUCCAAAAGACAGCUGACAACUAUGACAUCACUACCAGUAAGUUCCUACAUAACUGAAAGACUGGUGACAGUAACUCCUGUUACCCCACUGACAAAUAGUUCAUCUUCAAAGCCUGUUGACAUAUCUUCUGCAUCUGCAGAAACUAAAACAGUUGCUCCGACCACUAAACCAGCAACCUCACAACCGACCACUGCUAAGGCUGCACCUACCACAGUAACAACCAUUAAGACAACAACGAAAGCUACAACUGUGAAACCAGCUAUUGUGACCAUUGCCACAUCUCCCAUGACAACAACUUUGAAACCUACCAACCAAAAGUCAUCAACCUCUAAACCCUCUACACCAAAGCCUACAACUCCCAAACCUACCACAGCAAAGCCAACAACUCCCAAACCUACCACAGCAAAGCCAACAACUCCCAAACCAGCCACACCAAAGCCAACAACUCCCAAACCAACCACACCAAAGCCAACAACUCCCAAACCAACCACACCAAAGCCAACAACUCCCAAACCAACCACACCAAAGUCAACAACUCCCAAACCUACCACACCAAAACCAACAACUCCCAAACCUACCACACCAAAACCAACAACUCCCAAACCUACCACACCAAAGCCAACAACUCCCAAACCUAUCACACCAAAGCCAACAACUCCCAAACCCACUACAGCAAAGCCAACAACUCCCAAACCCACUACAGCAAAGCCAACAACUUCCAAACCCACCACUCCAAAGCCCACAACUUCCAAAACUAUGUCACCAAAGCCAACAACUUCCAAACCUGCUGCACCAAAGUUAACAACUUCCAAAACUACAGCACCAAAGCCUACAACUCCUAAACCAACCACACCAAAGCCAACGACUCCCAAACCCACCACUGCAAAGCCAAUGACUUCUAAACCCACUACACCAAAGCCUACAAAUUCCAGAUCCACCACACCAAAGGCAACAACUUCUCAGCCGGCAGCACCAAUUCCUAGUACUUCUAAACCAACACUGGAAAAGACCAUAUACACUGUUGCUCAAACUACAUCCGACUCAACUUCUGCAACUUAUACUCCAUCUCCUGUUACUUCUCCUAGAAAUUCACUUGCAUACUCAUCACUGAACACUGUAGAAUCAGGCAUCAAACAUAUAGAAAGUGAAUCUGUGCAUGAAAGAAAUAACUGGCAGACACUAGACAGACAAGGUCGUUUAGAAGAACUCUCUCUUCUUAAUAUUCUGGCACAAAAUGUUGGUGGCAGGCAAGAACAAAGGAAAGUGAAUCUGGCUGAUAAGGUCAUUGAAGCAGCUUUGCAGCGGUCUUCUACAACUUCUUUGCCUCUUUUCAACAAUAAUCUUCCAAAAACAAAAGUAUUACAGACAUUGGAAAAUGGUGUAGAGAGUAAUCGUUUCUCUUUGGACCUGCUGGGACAGCAAAGUGUAAAUAUUAAUGCAGAUGAUGUGACUGAUGAACCAACUGUUAGUUCAAGCAUAGUGGAACUGGAGAUUCCAAAGAAUACUCCUGUAGUUUCUUCCAAGUCUCCUACAGUGGAAACAGUCACUUCAGGAAAACUGAGCCCUCAGGAUGAACAGCUUCUUUUAGCAUUGUUUGGAAAUCAAAUUUCAGGUGCUCUUCAGCAGCCAAAAUCUCAGAGUACACGAUCUCGGUCCAGACUGAGCCCAGAAGAGCAAUUACUAGCUUCACUGCUUCGUCAGCAAGCCUCAGCAGACUUAAAAACCUCUUCAAAGGUUGGCCAGCAGCAAAAGGAACAAGUACCUGAGGGACACUCCCUAUCUACACCAUCAACAAGACCAAAAUCACAGGGGCUGCCAAUACCUGGGAAACUAAGUGAAGAAGAACUGCUUCUAUCCUUAUUGGGUGGUCAACCCAAAACAACACAGAAGGCAACAGAACGGGUAAAUUCCACCCGUACAAAGCUUUCUGAUGAGGAGAUCCUUGCUGCAUUGUUAAGUGGACAAUCAAAAGGAUCUACAAGAACGGUGGCAACCACACAGGUAAAUUCCACCCGUACAAAGCUUUCUGAUGAGGAGAUCCUUGCUGCAUUGUUAAGUGGACAAUCAAAAGGAUCUACAAGAACGGUGGCAACCACACAGGUAAAUUCCACCCGUACAAAGCUUUCUGAUGAGGAGAUCCUUGCUGCAUUGUUAAGUGGACAAUCAAAAGGAUCUACAAGAACGGUGGCAACCACACAGAGAACAUCCACAAAAUCUAGAAGACUGUUGACAGAUGAACAGAUCAUUGCUGGGUUGCUAUCAGGCUCAACCCCAGCAAGUCCAGCAGACCAGGCUCGCUUAGCUGAAUUACUUAAUGGCGGGAGACACAGAACAAGAGCGACAACAACUACAACUCCUGCUGUGCCAAGAGGGCUUGGUGUUCUCUUAGCACGUCCUGGAUCACAGAGUCUUUUCUCAUCUGCCCUCCAGCCAGAUGCAGGAAGUAUAGAUCCAGGAGCAGAUCUGAGUGGUGGGGAAGAUGAAAUCCGUGGUCCAAGGGAACAGGGCACACUUGUGAAGGCUGCGAUUGAUGUAACAAAGGCUGUUUCGCAGUUUAUGAGUGCUGUUAUCCAGGGUGCAACUCGUUCUUUCCAGUCAUUCUUCAGGAGUGGCACAAAUCUACUGAGCCAGUAUUUUAGCCUGGGUUCAGCACAAGCAGGAAACUUCCAGUUACGGUGAAACAAUGGAAAGAAUACAUGAAGAAUCAUAUGACAACUUGCAAUACUAAUAUCUCAGGAUGGAAGUACCAAAUUCAGGGAAUAACCAAUUUAAUUAAUAUGCUACAUUUGUGAUUUGUGGCAUUCAAUUUGGUAAAGAAGUUCCUUAUUUUAUACCCCAGUCUAUUCUGUGUACUUCAGUCAUAUGAGAGUAUCUCAUUUGAGGAAGCUAGUGAAAAGGUACAGAAAGGCUGUGCAAGGACAAAUAACUUCAUAAAAGCUUGUCAACAACAGCUGACUUAGAUCCUAGUGUGUAUUUUGUUUUGGGUUUGUAUGAAUCUUUUUCAACUGAGACAAAUCAGCACCUGAAAGAUUCACAGCAUUUAAAGUCCUUAUUUUGUUCAAGCAUGAUGCAUCUUGCGAACCCAAAAUUAAAUGCAUAAAACUGAACUCCAGUGUUAGAUGACUGUUCAUAAGGAUCACUUGUCUACUGGAGUAAUAGCAUAAUUUGUUGUCAUUAAUGAAAAGCAAAAAUCAUUUUAUUUCCACUAACAGAUGACCACCCUUUUAUGUGUAACAGCUUUAACUGUCCUUCGCUUAAGAUGGAAUUUCUGCUUGAUGUGAUUUUGAUUAACAGUGUGUAAAAUGACAUCUGGUAUAGUUGUAAAUAUUACACUAUCUUUGUUUUAAUUUUUGUUCUGUAAAUAUAUUUGGGUCUCAUACCACCUAUGAUCCUGUGUAAUGAGGUACUGUACAUGCUCUUGGUUCGAUAA